GAUAUUAUCUAUGUUUUAUAACCCUAUGUGUCCAACUUUAUAGGAAUGUGUUGGAAGGAAAUUUGAUAGUGCGACAAUGUCUUAACAAUUUAAUAAUAUAGCCUCAAAAUGAAUCAACAUUUGCCCGACAGUUAUUUUAAACAUUUUACAAAUUUGUUUGCUUGAUUGAUUUAUUAGUUAAAAGUUUAGAAUGCAGCUGUUAAGCGCCCUCUACUCAGAUAAUGUUUGGCAUUCUGUUGUACCAACUUUCAGUAGAUUAGAUUUUAAGUUGAUUCACGAUUGUUGUUCUUGUUGUUGUUGGUGUUACUGUUUGUAUUGACUUCUGAAGAUUGUAAACAAAUGAUGACCGUCAAGUGCAAGCGUAGGUAGUCGUGGCUGUUAUGGCGUAGUUAACAAUUUUAUGUCAGUUGUACAAAAAUCCACAGUCAGAUUUAUUCCCGAACCUAGGUAACAUGUGACCUGCGGCAAUGGAGGCAGUGGUGAAGUACGCGCGCGUGUACGCGUACGUGAUUGAAGAUUUCCUCAAGAUCCCGCUGACGAGCUUGACGACCGCGGAGGAAGUAUGCGUGAAGCUUGCGAAGGAACUGGGGAUCGGCCCCCGGGCCAGACACCUCUUCUCCCUGCGGCUGCGCGGUGGCAAGAACGUGUGGUUCAGUCCCGGCAGCAGGCUCUCGGAGGCGCGUCCGGACAGCGAGUACGAGUUCCGGCUGCGUUUCAAGGUGCCCGACUCGGAGACACUCAAGAGGACUGACAUCAAGGCCUACGACUACUACUUCCACCAGGUUCGGAGCGACCUGGUGAACAACAAGAUCCCGGACAUCAGCUACGAGCGCUACAAGUCGGAGCUGGUGGGGCUCGGGGUGGCGGACAUGUACCGCGUGAUGCUGGAGAAGGGGCUGGACCGACAGGCGGUGGAGAGCAACUACAAAAAGUACAUCCCCAAGGAGGUGAUCAAGCACCACCUGUUCUUCGUGAAGAAGCCCAUCCACGAGACGCUGGGCAAGAUCAGGAAGGACGGCCGGCACGACGCGUGGUAUGUCAAGGCCGUGUACCUGAAGCAGUUUGAGGACAUGGCCGCCAACUACCCCAGCGAGGAGUUCAGGGCACUCAUGGACGAGGCGGGCGCCGUGAAGAGCAUCUGGCUGAGGGUCGCGCCCUUUCACGAGGCCCAGCCCGGGGUGGCGUAUCGCUACGGCGAGAAGAAGGAGUGGUUGCACCUCUGCAGCAUUGAGGACCUGUGCUUCAUCUCGGUGCGCAACGACAGCACGGUGGAGAUCUCCCGCAAGAACGGCAUCCCCUCCUACCUCAUCUUCUCCUCCAUCCCGGAGAUGUUCACCUUCGUCAACCUGUUGGACGGAUACUACCGCCUCAUGGUGAAGUGGACCUUCAACCUGUGCAAAGACGUGUCCACUCCGUCCUUGCAGCAGCUGCACUCCUGGAAGUGCCACGGCCCCAUCGGGGGUGAGUUCUCAUAUGCCAAGCUGGAGGAGAAGCGGGGCAACCAGCCGGGCUGCUACAUCCUGCGUGAGAGCGAGACCAAGUACGAUGUCUACUACCUCGACGUCUGCACCAGCUCCAGCGCCAAGCCUACCUCACAUCGCAUCGACCGGCUGGAGGACGGGCAGUACCUGUUCUGUGCGGACAACAAGAAGUAUGACACCCUGCCCCGGCUGGUCCUCGCCUACAAGACGCCCCACGGGGAGCUGCAAGAGUGCCUUCCGCCCUCCGAGUACGACAAGUCCCCUCUCCUGCUGUGUGCUGCCGACUCUGAGACGGUAAAGGAUACGUUGGAGAGUGUGGUGUCGGGCCUACAGUCUGCCCAGCCCGUCUGCAUCGACGUGCAGGAUCUCCAAGUGUACAAGAGCCAGAAGAAGGAGGGCAAGGAAGGCAUCACGGUGGUGUACCGAAGCGUGUGGAAGGUGUCCAAAGGGAAGAAGGUGGAAGUGGCGAUGAAGAUUCUGAAGCAGGAAAAUCGAGACAAGUACCUGAAAGAGUUCCUGGAGCUGGCGGGGCGGUGGGCCUUCCUGCAGUCCAACUCGAUCGUGAAGCUGUUCGGGGUGACGCUGGCCAGCCCCUUCGCCAUGGUGAUGGAGUACCUGCAGCUGGGGCCGCUGGACCGCUACCUGGCCGAGCACAAGCCGGACCUGAAGCCCGUGGACCUGGUGGAGGCGGCCGGCUACCUGGCGACCGCGCUCUGGCACCUCGAGGACCGUGGCAUAGUGCACGGCAACAUCCGGUGCCACAAACUCCUCGUAGCCAACCACAGUGAGAACACCUUCCUGGUGCGGCUGGCUGACCCGGGCUUUCACACCUAUACCACCAGCGACAUCCACUGGAUCCCAGUGGAGUGCUACCACAACUUCGCAGUGGCCCGCGCGUCUACGGCAGCGGACGUCUGGUCGUUUGGAACCACGCUGUGGGAGAUAUUCACCUUUGGCAGCGUGCCCAUCGACAUUGGCAGUGUGGAGGCCGUCAAGAAGUUCUACCUGAGCAACAAGAAGCUGGGGCAGCCGUCCGACUGCCCGCCCAACAUGUAUCGGCUGAUGCUGGAGUGCUGGGACCUGGACGUGUACCGUCGCAAGAAGCCCCAGGCCAUCAUGCGGGAUGUGAACCAGAUCCUCUACCAAGUGUUUAACUCCAGGCGCACCCACACGUACGCUACGGCUCUGCCAAAGCUCUUCAACCGCACCAGCGAUAGCAGUUCCAAGUUGAGCCUCUUCUCUGGAGUCACUGAGGAAACGUACAUCGGAGACUCCAAGUCGGAUCUGAUAUCGCUCGGUUGCAACGAAGACUCUGACAUUGCCAACAUCAACGGCCUAUCCUCGCCCGCAAACAGCACGGAGGGGGCUUGGCUUCUGGGCAACUUUCAGUCGUCGUCGCCCUUAGAGGACUUUGCCACGCCGGACUUCUCCACCAUGUUCUCCACAUUCACGUUCCCGAUAGUGAACACAUCGGUGGACAGCAUCACCUCCAUGCAGGGCAUCUUCGAGUUGGACUCCAACUGCAACGUGGUGCUGCAAGGCCGCAUCGGACAGGGGUUCUACGGAGAGGUGUUCCGUGGCACAAUGGAGCGGGACGACUGCGAGCCCCAGCUUGUGGCCGUCAAGAAGCUGAAAGGAGACGCCAUGGGCGCUGUUCUCCAGGACUUUGAGAGGGAGAUCUCCAUCAUGAAGGCCCUGAAGCACGAGAACAUCGUGGAGAUCAAGGGCGUGAUCCUGGAGCCGGAGAUCAGCCUGGUGAUGGAGUACGUGCAGCAUGGCUCGCUGCAGAGCUUCCUCAAGAUACACAAGGAGUCGCUCACCAAGCGACAGCUGCUCAAGUUCGCCCUUGACGUGGCGAAGGGAAUGGAAUACCUGGGCCGCAAGAACAUUGUUCAUCGAGACUUGGCAGCCCGCAAUAUUCUAGUCGCCAACGAGAACCACGUGAAAAUAUCGGACUUUGGCCUGGCGCAGGUGAUGGAAAAGAAUGAUUAUUACAUUCUGAAGACCAGCCGGGACUUGCCUAUCAAGUGGUAUGCCCCGGAGAGCCUGCGGGACGGCAAGUUCUCCCCGCGCUCGGACGUGUGGUCGUACGGCGUGACGCUGUUCGAGAUGUUCUCCCGGGGCGAGGACCCGCAGCUCGGGGGCUGCGAGCAGGACCAGCAGCAGCUCCUGGCUGCCCUGGAGGGGGGUAUCCGGCUCCCCUGCCCGCCGCUCUGCCCCCAGACUGUCUACGUGCAGCUCAUGACCCCCUGCUGGCAGGCAGACACCCACGCGCGCCCCUCCUUCCCGGAGAUCUGCGCCAUCGUCCAGGACAUGCAGGCCAACUUGUGCUGAGUAUGUCAGUGUGCAUCUGCAUUACGGUGCUUAGCAACAACUUGCGUCUUGGAAACAUAAGCGAGCCUACAAAAGAAAUGAGACUUUUUGACAUGCUCUGCUCAAGAAUGCUCAAGUUGACAUGAUGGCUUAUCCUAUUUUUAAUGGGUCACCCAGCUGUUAAGAAAUGCAUUGCAAAACAUGUUAUCUGGCAGCAUCUUUUAACCAUAAGAUUUUGGGUGUUCUAUUCUGGGAAAUGUGUUAUUUUGUUGUGUUCCUGUUAUAUUCCUGGUUGUCCAGAGGAAUUUUGGAAGGUACAGUAUUGUGCUUAAAUUUGUGUAUAUUUGCCCCCCAGUAAUUUGAAUUAUGUAUUGUAUAUUUAACUAUUCUUUGCUGUCUGAUGUUUUUUCUGUAAUGUUAAAGAAUAUGAGAGCUGAAUGUUGAAUAUUUAAGAUAAGAUCUGGGGGAUUAACAGUUCGAGAACUUGAAAUAUUUAGUGACACCAGAGUUAAUGGUAACUGUAUGACAUUUAGGACUUGCUGUAAAUGUGAAGGAUAUUGCAGUAGACUAUUCAUAUACUGUGCUAAAUUUUAUCAUUUUGCAUUUGCUCUGCAUGCAUUCUGUUGUGUGUAUAUGACACUGAAAUUUUUAUCUUGAUGGUUUUGUUAUUUCUGUGUUUGUGACCCAAGUCAAGUAAGAUUCUGUCAUAUUUAUUUUUGAUGGAAUGGGAUCCUUAUUGGGGGGAGGGGGGAGGGGGUUGACAGCUACCUUCUUGUCCCAGGUGCCAAAUGUGAUUUCUAUAAAAUUAGUACACCAAUAAUUUACCCUCUAAACUAAGUGGCAUACUGACAGUUAAAUACAGGAACUUCUCUUAUAAGGAAAAAAUGGACAUGUGUCGUAUGAACAAAGCAUGCCUCCAUCCAAGGUGCAUGUCGCCUCUUGGAAUUUGACGCAAAGGCGAAAGCAUUCUGUUGAAGUCCUUUGUGAGAGUGGGUACUUACUUCAUAUGUGGUGUGGUUGUGGCAUAGAAUGUCCUUUGGUGUAAGUGACUCUAGGAACAGGUGGGGGGGGGGGGGGGGGGGUAACAUUUGCUUACGAGAUGAAGAAAAGCAGGGAAAUAAGGCCAUUUUGGAUUUAUUGUGGGUGCUAGGAACUGUAGCGCUUCAAAAAGAAGGGUACACUGUAAAUAUUUUCUGCUGUUGCACAAAUUGAGGCUUGAAAUCAGAGGUAUCUAACAAGAUGAGCAGAUAUUUUAGACAGAGGCGACAACUGCAAUUCAUUAGUGAAGACUGAAGGGGAAGGAAAGAGGCUGUCAAAUCAUUAAACUACUGCCAAAAGUUCAGAACAUGGAUUCGCAUAACAUGUGACAAACAUGAAUUGCAUGUAGAAAUAACAGGCAGAGUGUACACAACUGCAACACACACCUGAAAUAUCAAAUUAUUCAAUACUAAUAUGAAAUUUUUUUCAAAAUAAAUUUUUAGAAUACAGUAAAACUUUAUUUUUAAAUUUUCACAGGUUGCAAAAUACAGCAAAUGAAAAAGAUAUAAAUGGUAUAAUAAUAGUUUGGUGUAAAAUGCAACAAAAUAAAUAGAACUGGCAAUGCUUUUUUCUUAAACCAGUAAUGUUUUCAAUUUAAUUUUUUGUUGUUGUUGAUUCAGUUGAUUAUAAACCUUAAUUUUUUUUUUUUUUUUUAUAAUUUUUAAUUGUGAUCACAAAUUAUUUGUUACAUAUAUACAUGCAUGAACUAGUAUGUUGCAGAAACAUACAAAUUUAUGAAUAAAUCUUCUUAACUUCGUUAACCUAUUUUCAUUAAAAUUUUUGUGUAUGAGUUCCACUAUUUCCACAAUUCAUGAAUAUCUAACAUGUCUGUUCUGGGUUUCACUAAGUGCAGAGGUAUCCCACAUGACAGUUAGUAAUUAAAUUGGUAUUAUAAUUUUUCAGGACAUUAAAUGUUAUGGAAUGUUCUAAAACAAUCAUCAUUUUCCCGUUAAUUAAUUUUAUGACUAGUGAGAUUGUUGCAAAACACAUUCUCCCAGUAAGGUAGUUAGUGAGUCUGAUGAACAAACGUACAUAAUAUAUUUUCCUGCAAUUUUUAUUUUUAUACAAAUAGAACAUAUGUAACUUUUUUAAUGAUAGCUAAUUAUGAUGAAAACAAACAAUGGAGUUUAUUGCUUAGCUCAGAAUAAAUAACUGAAGAUGUGGUCAGUAACUUUCAAAGUAAAGGGAAAAUAAGGAAGAGGCAAUUAUACCAACUAUAACUGUGCAGUAAAUGUGAUUUUGAGAGAUUUAUAUGUUUUUUAUAUUAAAUAUCCUCAAUAAUUGUAUGUUGAAAAUUUUUGUAUAUUUUUUUAGUACAUACAAUUGAUUUGUUCAGGUAAAUAAUAAAUAUUUAGCUAUGAAGAAAUGGACAGGAAUGGAGUGUGAUUACUGCAAAUGUGGCUGGCUAUAACCCGCAUUGAUAAGACUUGCUGUGUGUUGUUCAACCAUGUUGCAGCACGUCAGUCUUUGAGAAAGUUAAGUCUUUCUUUGUUGGUAAUCUCGCACCGUCACGCACACACACACACACGCUUGUGGCAAACACCAACUGCCUAGCCGCUGACAACUGUGAUUAUGUACUACCUAAUUUUGUUUGGCCAGCAUGAGUUGUGAGAUUGGAUAGAAGCAUAUACUACAGAAAUGAGAAUAUAUGGAUUUGUAAAUAUUUGCCUUGUUCUCAUGGUGAAUACUGAAUUUUUCUGUUGAUGACGAUGAGAAAAUUGGUCCUAGAAUUUUUUUUAUUAGAAUUUUUAUAGAUAUUUUGAAUCACAAUUUAGUGAUUUUUUGUUUUAUAGAUAUUUUUCAAAGUCGACAACUUAUCUGUGGGCUGAAAAAAAAAAAAAAAAGGGGGCUUUUGCCUUUCAGCAAAUGUUCAUUGCUGUCAUUUUCUCAUAAAAAAGAGAAUCGUGAUGAAAAGGUUAAGGACCUUCUAAGGGAAUGUUUUAUGCUAUGUGCUGUAAAUGGCACGGCACCUUGCUCAUGGAUGCUUAUGAAAGCCUUCAUGCACAGCGGUAUGUGCCUUGAAUAGCACUUUGCAGUUGAUGGCAGCCAUUGUCUCCAUGGUACUUAUUCAUUUAGAAUCUUAGUACGGUGUCGUGCCAUCCAAUGUUUCAAAUGUGGAUAUGUUCAGACAUGUAACUGUGUUUGCUGUCUAUCGGAUGAAAGCCUUCAUUGACAUUAACUGCAUUAGUGGAUAAUCUGUUGUGUUUAAAUAUUUGAUAUUUUUUCUCUCUUUAUGUAUUGUGUCAAGUGUUGUUCAACAACACUUGCUGUAACAGUUAGCUUUUAGGUGAUCUUAAACGUGAGUUUCCUUGGGGUGUUCUCAUUUUCCUCACCCUUUGUUCCUUUGCUCCCUGUUACUGCUAUUCAUCUUCUCUUGCAGUCAAAACUUAUGAAAUGAUGGUCACCACCCUUAGAUGCAAAUUCACAAGCUGGUUGCUCAGAUGUGCAUGCUAUAGACAGCACAGUGCACAUACUUUGAAAGGGACCUUAAGGUGAUUUUUAACCUGGUUAAUUCAGCACAAUGGCUCCAGUUGGCAAAAAUACUCCGUUGCUAGUCUUCAUCUAAAUCAUCCACUUCUAGUGCUAGCCUUCUAGGCCAGCCAAGUAAAAUGAUGCCAUCCAUUUCCUCUUGCUGGAACUCUUAAGCAUGUGCACUGGUAUCUGCCAGGGGAAUGGGCGUGGUUGGUAAGUUCAGCUCAAAGUCACAGUCUCUUUUCGCCGAUGAUGAACAAUCAUGUCUCUCAUCAUGUUCAGUUUUAAAUCGUUUCAUGUUUUCCGUCACGUGAUUGUGUAUGCUGUUCAGCGUUUUACUCAUACUGUUUAUGGUGUGAAUUUUUAUAAAAAAAAACAAAUUGUACCUGUUGUUGCAGAUGUGAGCUUAGUGCAUACAAGGAAUUCCUUUGUUGAAUUUUUUUUCCUAGUUAUUGCUGCUGCACACUUGGACAACUAACAUAACCUAGUUGUAGCACUUGGGCAUGCAAGGACAGACAAGGAGACUGUCUGCCACACAAGAUUCUUUUCAACAUCGAUAAUCAUCCAUCCUGUUGUUGAUGCCUUUGAACAAGUUUAAUACAAAUGUUUGCCUUUCUUGCUACACUGUGACAAAUUUUUGCCCAACAUAUUUUUGACUGUACAAAAAAUAUUUGUAAAUGUGUAUCUAUCUUAUUGAAUAAAAGAUUUUUGUUAUAUACCA